AUGAAGAUGGAAAACUCCGUGAGCACCCCCGCCAACCGCUUCGUCCUGGUGCAGCUGAGGAGUGCGCUAAACAAACACAACAUAAAUUUCGUAGACGAUGAGAAUACGUACAACUUGGAAUUAUUAAAGAAGCAUUUGAAAGAUUUGAAAUUGCUGAAGGAAGACAUAAUAAUAAAGAGGAACCAGUCCAAGGAGGCCAUCCGAAACCACUUGGAAUCCUUCUUUAUCAGUGAAGGGGAUAGAAGUUGCAAUUUUGAUGUCUUUUAUGAUAAGUGUUUGAAUAUCAUUACGAGGUACUUGGUCGCAUAUAAAGAAAUAAACGACAUUUUGUUGGGAAGAAAAGGGAGUGAAGGCAGAAAGGUAGGCAACCCUGGAAGGGAUAACACAUCGCCAAGCAAAAGAAGUAAGGGGAGCAAAAGUAACGUGAAGGGUGAGGAGCAGCAAAACGGAGAGGGAAACAACAGUUUGUUGUACGAUCUGAUAAAUAAAAAGUUGCUCAUUUAUAACAACAAAUUUUUGUUUGACUAUGAUGACGAUAGUGAGAUCUACACGUCGAGUGAGGAGGAAAUCCUUAUCGAGGGGAGGCCCCUAAAGAAGAAAACCAGAAGUGACAGAGUUUCCAAAAGCUGCGACAGCGUGGAAAACACGAAUGAAGCGUACCGUAUGGCAAGCGCCGAAAUGAGGGACGGCCAGGAAGCAACCCGCAGGUGGGUCAUAAGGGAAAAAAAAGACAAAGUUGUGAGAAAAUGCAAAAAAAGAAGAAUCAACCUACUUAACAGGUACCCCAUCUAUCUGAGGGACCUGAUCAAAAUUGUAAAGGUGGCCAAAAAUAGGGAAAAAAAAAAUUUGCAAAUCAGUUUCUUAAACAAGUGCUACAUGAACAACAAAGGUUACAUCGAGAAGAAGAAAAAAAGGAUGCUCUAUAGAAUCGUAAGAUAUAACAUGUUGAUGCAUUUUUACAAAAACCAUGACAUUUUUUUGGAAAAAUUAGUUAAAAAAAAAAAUGCAUACAACAAUUUGAGCGUCGAAAAUGUGAAGAAGUUAUUUCUCUCCCAUGAAUGUAGUGGGAAUGCCUCAUCAGGAAAGUCCAGCAAAGAGUGUAAAGUGUGCAAAGAAAAAAUGAAGAUGCUGUUUUAUGUAACCAUUUAUGAGAACUUGAAUUAUUCGUCCGUUAUGAACAACCCCAAUGUGAUAGCCUUCAAGGAGAGGAAUCUCCUGACCCAACUUCUUGUGAACAAAAAGGAGAAAAGAAAAACAGUCAAUGUGAAUUAUGAUAUUUCUUUUCAUGCAGAUGAACACAUUUACAUGUUGUCCAAAAAUGACAUUUUCUGUGAUGUGCUGCAUGAGGAUUAUUUGAAGAACAACUUCAACGAUUUAUUGCAGAGGAUUAAGGAUGGGAGUAAGGGAUACAAUUUGCUGUAUGUCAUUUUUAACAAAUAUAAGCAUAAAAAAUUUUUAAAUUUAAAAAAGAUUAAAAGAUAUUUUGACGAACGUAAUAGCAAUGCUUCAAGUCGGACAGGCAAUGUCAGUACGAACAGUAUGACUUACAAAGGGGAUUGCCUUUCCCUGAGGGAUUCCUUCUAUGAUAUUUUAAAAAGUAACAUAAUUAAGGAUGAAAACAAUUCGAGCAUUUUUUUCGAUAAGAUUUUUCACUCCUUCUUUAAUAUGCUGUACUCACGUAUAUACAGCGCACCCAGUAGGGCCAAUGUACGGUCGUCCAAGAAAAAAGACAUAGAACUGCUCAACGUGGAUGACCACAAUUCAGACUCUGACGAUUUCAUGCUGAUAGAUUCGGCCAGCGGGUUUGUUAAAGAGCCCACUUAUAAAACUAGCACGAAUUUCAUGAUGCAGGUUAAGCACAAGAAAGUGCAGCAAAGCGCCAUGAAGGAGAUUCAGCAAAAGUAUCUCAAUGUGAAGCAGAUGAAUGAUAUUGAUGACCGCUACAUAGAGGAUGGCGCUUGGCAAAACAAUACCCUGUCUACGUACCACUACAUGGGGUGCGUCCGGACGAAGGGGGGGUUUUCUCAAGAGAAAUGCUCAGCACAGGGAAACGAAGAGUGCAGCGGUUUGGGAGCAUUCGAGAGGUACCUAAACAAAAUAAACGAAGAAAUGGCCAUCGUUGUGAAUAGCGAUGAUAGUGAUGAAGAUAUGUUGUGUAGCCAUGGAAAGGAAAAACUUCUGAUGAACUAUUUGAAGGGGAAAAUGCAUCGAAGCGGAAGCGAAAUUGGAUACAGGAACGAAAACGUAACGCUGGAAAGGAGUAAAGUGCAGGAUCUAAAGAAGAACAUAAUUGUGCAUCCUCUGAUUAACUCCAAAUGCAUAGGGUUUAAAAUAAAUGUUAACGAUAUUGCAAAUAGGAACCUAGACGUGUACUGCGUCAACAAUGGGGAAUAUGUACAGGCACACAAAAAUACUAUCAGCUAUUUGAAGAACCAAAUAACUCCAGAGAUGAAGAAAAAUUAUACGGACUUUCAGAACCUUAAGAGUAAGAUUAAGAAGAAGGAGAUGAAGAUACACGCCGUCAACGAUUUGUUAAGCAAAAAAGGGUUGGGAAAGAACCAAACCUGCUACAUAAAUAGUGGUCAAACCGACAGCACCGGGGCGAAGAAGAAUAACACCGUCACCGAAUACAUCGUCGUGAUUGAGGAAAACGUGCAGGAGGAGAGGUACAAAAUUGAUAUUUAUAACUACGCAGAAUUAACUGCCUAUAUUGUAAACUCGAAGGAGGAAAAAAAAAGAGAAUUCUAUUGGAAUUUCAUCAGGAACGAAAUAUAUUCCCACAAGUGGAUGAACAAACUACAGUUCAAAAUUCAAAACUAUAGCAACUUGUACGUUAACAGCUUUUUUAAAAAAAACCAUUUGAGGUCAAUCAAGGAGUACCUCUACGGAAUAAUAAUAAACCUGUAUUAUCAAAAUAUCUAUGAUGUGUCCCUGAACAUCCAGCUGAGUAGGCACUAUGGGCAUUACGACCCAUCCAAGGAGUAUGUGCUGAAAAAUAUACACCAUAACUUGAAUCAGCUGUACCAAAAUGUGAUGGAGUGCGUCCAAAGCGAUAUUCUAAGUAGCACGUGCUUUAUUGACGCUAGCAGAAUCACAGGGGAGCAAAUAAAGUGCAGAAUUAAUGACUACUUGAUGAAUUACCGGUGGUUGGAAUGCCAGCCGGAUGACGAAGCGAAGGAAUCCUUCCAAGGAGAAAGGAAAAAAAAUAUAGACGAUAUGAUUUGCAAAUACAGAACGGUGCUACUGUACUAUUUACUCUACAUUUAUCCAAAAUUCUUGUACAUACUAAAUGUUAUUCAAAUAAAGAAUUUCAAAGAACAGAUUAAAAAUACCUUGCCUGAGAAGGAGGAUCAACAUGUCCAGGAGGCACAGAAAGAUUUUACUUCCCAAAAGAAAAUGCUCAGAAAGGCCAAGGAAAAACAAGUCGAUGUGGUGAAGGAAGAAGGGAACGAAAAUUCCCCAAAUUUUUAUCUCCCCGUUUAUGUAAAAAAUGAAAAAAAUAUUCUAAGUUCGUUUGAUUUAUCAAAUAUUUUGCUAGCCAGCUUUAAUGACAAUUUUGAAAGGACCCUCUUCAAGAAUGUACUCAGCGGGGUGACCAAAAUGGAAAAAGUGAAAGAUGAAAUGCAUCCUACUUGCUUAAAAACCAUGGAGCAUUUUGUCAAAAAUGAAUACUAUCCCAUUAGAAAGAAAUUAACCAAUUCCCAGUUGGCUAUGGUAUUUGCCGUCCUGAAUGCCUACCUCUGUUUUGCCACAACACAGCAUUCGAUUUUCUUCAAUGCCGACAAGUUGGGCAAAUUCCUCCUUCAUAAAAAUAGCAAACUAGAACUCGAACGAUACAGCAGGUUGUCCGCUCAAGGGAAGAGCUAUUUCCCCCCAGACUUUCGGCAGCGGUUUUUGGAGACCUUCCUUCUAAAGAAGGACAAUAAUUUUAUCGCAUCGGACAAACUCAAGUGCAAGCUGAUGAUUUAUAUCCUCCUCAUCCAGCUCUGCCUUAUGGAUAACGCCUUGCCCGUGCAGCUCACACUCAUUAAUAGGAACACCGCUGCUUUGCUCACCCGGCUCAAUUUCUCCAUCGUCGACAAGUCGCUGGUGACGUUCAACUUGAACGCGUAG